ACCUCAGCGAGGGAAAAGCGCUACACUGCAUUUCCAUCUGAACUCAGGAGAGCCGGAGGGUCGCCUGUGCUGUCCGCGGACUCAGCCCGGAGCGGCGGAGGAAUACUUCAGACUUCUCCUUAAAGCCUGAGCACUGAUUAGAUUCAAGCGUGUCACAGUAAACAAACCGCCUCUAAUCGGGUUCGCGGAUCAACCUGAGGAAUAAUGACCUCCCGGUGGAGCCACCCAAUCCUGUAACCAAUGGCAACAGUCCAGGCCCUGCCCCUGACCCGAGACCCCAACAAGAGCAUCGGCUCCCUUUUCCCGGCAUCCUCUCUGAAGUCUGCUGACUGCGUCAUGGGAAGUGUGGGCAGUUUGAUCGAGAAUCCGGACGUCUCGCCCACCAAAAGCAGCAGGGCGGUUCCUCAGGUGCCGGAGCGACAGAGCAACGGGCUGCUGAAGAAGGGCUUCAACCAGAGAGAGCUGCUCAAUUACCUCAACAUCACCAAGAAAGAGUCGAAAGGGGGCAAGCACAUCAUCUCCGGGACCUCGUCCAUCAAGAGGGAGCAUUCCAGCGAGGAGGAGAACAUCUACGCCAAGGUCUACCACAAAGACGGCAGAGAGGUGGACAUGGGCAAAAACUCGCUCCCCAUUGGUGGAAAGUUUGACAAGCCUCGUCUCAGACCGUCUGCUUUCAAGCCGGUCACUCCAAAAAACUUCAGCUCUGUGCAGAAUCUUUACCCGUCCAAGUCCGAGGAGCUGGCGAACGGCAGCAAAACAGCAUCCAAAUCGCUGUCCACAUCUUCCUCCUCCUCGUCUCCCUCGCGUGGGGCCACCAGCGCCAAUAAGGGCGUCCUGGCCACGCCUCGUGCCCUCAGCCAGGAGGCCGAAGAGACGGCCUCUGAUUCGGGACACAACUCCAUGAGCAGCCUGCCGCCGUACCGCCCGCCCUACCGGCCGCACCUGGCCCACAUCAGCGCCUCCAUGGGUCACAUCGAUCACAUCGGCUCGCUGGACCGGGCCUCUCUGGGCUCGGGCGGUGGCAGCGGGCCGGCAGGACGCAGCAUGGCCACUCUCGGCCGCCUGCAGGGAUACAGCAGUGGCAGUGAGGCUCCGCCCCCUUACGAGCUGUCGCGAUCGUUGGAGGAGGUGGUGAGGGAGCUGGAGGAGCGGCUGCAGGAGAAAGAGCAUGAGCUGCGGCAGAUGAGGAGGAACCUGGAUGAGAGCGAGGACGCCAUAGCACAGGUGUUUGAGGGGAAGCAGCGUCUGUGGGAGAAGGAGGUGGCCGAGCUGAAGCAGCUGUACGCCACUAAACUGCGGCAGGUUUCCCAGCAGUCUCAGCGCUCUCAGCGCACCCUGCAGCUGCAGCUGUAUAAGGCGCAGCAGGAGCGCAGCCGGCUGCAGGACGAGCUCCAGACCCUGCGCCUCGAGUGCCAGAGCCUGCAGGACCGCGGAGCCACCGCAGGCAGCCACGAGCUCCACCCACAGCUGGAGGAGACCCAAUGGGAGGUGUGUCAGAAGACGGGGGAGAUUUCCCUGCUGAAGCAGCAGCUGAGGGACUCCCAGGCUGAGGUGACGCAGAAGCUGAGUGAGAUUUUCCUGCUGAAGACUCAGCUGAGGGAGACUCGAGGCGAGGUGAGGGCAAGAGACAGCCAGAUCGACCUGCUGCAGCUGGCCCUGCAGACCGAACGCCGCAAAGGCGCCACGCACGAGGACGGCCAGGCUCAGGAGAGCCGAGCGGCAUCCGGAGCCACGGAGGAGCGCCUGAGGGCGGAGCUGCUGCUGGAGCGACGGCAGAGCGAAUCCCAGGCCUCGGCCUUCGAGGCAGAGCGCAACACCUGGCAGCUGGAGAAGGAGAAGGUGAUUCGCUACCAGAGGGAGCUGCAGGCCAGCUACCUGGAGAUGUACCGCAGGAACGAGAGCCUGGAGAGAGAACUGAGGCUGCUCAGAGGGGGCGGGGCCGGAGCGGGUCGGGGUGGGGAUGGAGGCGGCGCUUCAGAGGAGGAAGAGAGACCGCCUUCCGGGCUUCCCUGGAUCGAAAGGAUCGAGUCCUCUGAAAUCUGAGUGUCUGUAUAGAGUCCAGAAGAAAAGUGACGCGUUUGAUUGGCUUCAAAUGUGUUUCUACAUACAUAAAAUACCACAUCAGCACAGUUUGCAUUACUUUUCACUGUGGAGAGCACAGUUUGGUGAUUUCCCUGUUUUAAGUGCACCUGAACACUCAAUUCCGAUUUAAGCUGCGUGUUCACAAAGCCAUUUGGCACGAUGGCGCAGUGGGUAGCACUGUAGCCUCACAGCAAGAAGGGUCUGGGUUCGAUUCCCCUGCCGGGCGACCAGGGUCCUUUCUGUGUGGAGUGCAUGUUCUCCCUGUGUCUGCGUGGGUUUCCUCCCAUGGUCCAAAGACAUGUUAAAUUGCCCCUAGGUGAGAGUGUGAAUGUAUAUGUCUGCCCUGUGAUGGUCUGGUGACCAGUCCAGUUCCCCAGGUGACCCAGAAGCGUAAGCGGCUGAGAAGGUGUGUGUGUUGUUCUCACAAUACUGCCUUCAUCUCCAGAGAAAAUGAAAGGGAGGCUAAAAUAAAAAAUGGUUCUACCCACUGUAGUGAAAGAGCAGUGUCAGUUUAUUAUAGACACUGUUUUACCAUCAUUUUGAUCUUUCAUUCAAAGUAUUAACAACAAUCUGACUUUCAUUUGUAAAAAAAAGGCCUAAAUCAAUCAUUAAAUGAAUAUUUUUCUCAAACCUGUUAUUAUUAGCAUUGUUUAUGAAGGGCACUGCAGCCGGGAACUCACCAAAACUGUGCUGGCUCCCUUCAGGACCAGAAGUGGACACCCCAGUGUUUAUAGUAAUCUAACCCACCGACUCCAGAUGAGCGAGCUGAUGCUGAAAGACGAUGGCGGCGCUCAAGCUGAGACGUUUGCUCAGAGUGUCACACUUCUUGAGACAUUUCUAUUUAAGAGAAUAUACUGUGUUUCGUCUUAUCUCGUAAACCAAAACGCGUAAGACACCUGAGAGAUUAUUCCAGACGGAUUCAAAGGGAUGUUAUUUUCAUUAAAGGGAUUUAGUCCUGAUGGAUUUUUCUAAGGCUCCACUCCGUUUGAACAGACCUGUUAGAAAACUGUUUUGUCACAUUUCUGUUAAACUGAUCUCGAUGAUGUAGAGUUGCAGUAAUACUCACUUCAGUGGGAGGAGAAAAUGAAAUCUGCAGGCUUUCACAGCAGCAUCCCUGCACUGUGGGCUGCUUACUGUCAUUCGUAUCCUGUUCUAAGGAUUGUUUCAUGGCUGUUGGAGGUUGAUCUAAAACAGAUACUGUAUAAUAUCACACUCAUUUAAUCACUCUCCGUAUGCAGAGGCAGUGAGGUGAGGCAUAAGAAGUGAGGAUGUCCUUCAGUCUGCGUUCCAGGCAUGUUGCACUUUAAAGAAACUGGAAAUCAUCAGUCUUUCACAUUGGAGGAGGAGAAAAAGGAGGAUGCGCCUCCUUUUCAGCUCCUCUGUGCUUUUCUACUGAGCCGUCCCUUAAAGGGGUACUUCACCCAAAAUGAUUGGAACACUUCAUUUGUAUAUUUAAAGAAAUGGUUUGGUGGGAAAACAAGUGUUUUCCACUCACCCCAGAUGUGGCCGAUCAGCCAAGACAGGCCUUGCCUCUGUAGUCUAGAGCUGGAUCUACAAGGUUAACAUGGCCAACAAACACUAGAAGCCAAUAGUCACCCAGAUCUUUUCUGUAAAUGCAUUAAGGUCGUGCAGACUUGUCGAUGUGGUCAGUGUGACUUACUGAGAGCUGUAAAGAUGAUCAGAACUUCACCAUAUAGCUGAAUGCUGUGUAUUUCAAACAGCAGGUGUUGUGUCGGGAUUCUUUCCUCACACAAUCCGACCCCACUUCGCGUCCACACACAUCACACAGGCAUAUGGAUGCUAAACGACUUUCACAGUUUCUGUUGUUUUUAAUUAUAAACGUACAUCUUCUGUUGAAAGUUUCAGAUUAAACAGUUAUAAGAAUAAACGGCAGAACUCAUUUUGGACGUGUGUGCACAGAAAAUAUUUGGGUGACUAUUGGCUUCUAGUGUUGGGUAGCAUCAUUAGCUUUGUAGCCCCAGUUCUAAACUAAAGAAAGAGAAAUAUGGACACCAAAAAUGACACAUCUGGACUGAGUGGAAAAUUGUUCAGAUUAAUUAAUUGUUUAAAAGAAACACAUCGCUGUUUGGCGGAAAUCUCCAUUUUUGUUUUUCAGUUUUUGACAUAAUUUGAAAAUGCCUGUUGUUCUUUACAUUGUGUGUAAAUU